GCUUCAAAAGGCAAGAUGUGCGGUUGUCAGACAAAUUUAUUGCUGCUGUUGUUGUUCUUUUUUUUUGUGGCCCAUGCUGAUGCUGAUUGCCAGCUGACUGGUGAUGAAAUUUCAAAGACGAAUCGUAUAUUUGCCUUUCAUACGGACUCUAGGAAUUACUACCUCCAGCGAUUAGGUGUGGUACCAACGGGACAAUCGCUUGAUAUGAUAUGCGAUGCCAAUAAUGUUAGACAGACAACAUGUAAGUCAGGUGGUCGCUUUGAGCCAUCUUUACCCAUGAGCGAUUGCCAUAAACCCAUCAAGGCAAGUGUACAACAAAUUGCCGAUCCAAGCUGCCCAUAUACCAUGUAUCGUGUGGGUUAUAAGCUAAAUGAGCAGACAUUUCUCGAGAUCUAUAGAAGUUGCUAUGAUGUAGCCAACGUCGCAGUCCAUUUCACCCUACAUCUGGUCUAUCCCAAUAAUAUGUCUGGCAGUGGGCGACCCGUGCAAACAUUUACCACCGACAAUAUCAUCAGUGGGGCACAAGCCUCAUCAUUCGAGGCCAAGAAUAUUUUCAAGCGAUUUAAAGAGUUGCUGGGAGCACAGCAAACCUAUGUGACAUCGGAAAGGGAUUUGGUCUUUGAUCGCGGCCAUUUGGCACCCUCAGCUGACUUUGUCUUUCAUCAGCGUCAGACAUUCAAGUACAUCAAUGUCCUGGCCCAAUUCCGAACCAUCAAUCGUCACAAUUGGAAAAAAAUAGAGAAUUGGAUCCGUCGUGAACUAACACUGGGACACUAUGAUGCUCUGAAGAUCUGCACUGGAGGCUUGGGUGUUCUCAGGCUUCCAGAUGCCAGUGGUCAUAAACAAUCAAUUUAUUUAGAUGGAGCUCAACGAAAUCCUGUACCUGAAUGGCUGUUUAAGAUAGUCAGUGAUGGCUCGAAUAAACGCUUUGUCUUCCUAACUCUCAACAAUGUGCAUGUAAGAGAAAAGCCAUCGCCUAAUGCGAUUUGUGAAAUAGUCGCCUGUCCCCAGACAAUACACCUGGAACAAAGCAAAGAAGCGGGCUUUACCUUCUGCUGUGUGCCCACUGACUUUCUUAAUCGUAAUUUGCCACAAUUAGCCAAUUUAAUCUAAGGAGACUUAAUUUACAAUUGGAUUCUAUUUAAAACAUAUUGUAAAGCUAAGACUAAUCUCUGACAUUACUUUUACAUAUGCAAUAUAAUUUUGCCAUUUUAUCACUGA